AUGGAUGAGUUUUGGUUGCCCUUGUCGGCUUUCGACUACACUGCAACCGCAAAAAACGGAUUCUUUCCGGCGAAUACUCAGCUGACCACACACUUCCAUGAGUUUGCCAAGUUCGGAUACAAAAGCAAUAUCGGCAACGUGGAGUGCAAAUUUCCACUCAGGGACAGUUCCAGACAAAUACCCGACUUUUCAGUCGGGGUGACUGAUGGACACUGCAAGAUAGUGCUGAUGAUGACAAUUGUCGCCAUCGUACGAGAGCUCGAUCUCAACCUUGAUGAUCCCCACCUCCAGAUGGUUCUAGCAAGCUUCUCUCAGAUCAGAUGUUCCUACGAGCAUUUUGAGAAUCCUGCUCAUUUUUACUUGUACUCCUUGAAAACGGGCUUCGUCUCUGCGGAGAAGCAAGGGCCAUCACCAGUACAACUGGUGGCAGAACUGCAACAUGCAGUGGAUCUUCAACGACGUCAAACGCACGCCAAGAAUGCACCGCUGCGUGACAUUCUGAACAGGGUCAUAGCGGAUUACAACAAGAUGGUUUCUGUGAAGAAACACAGGUUGGACUCAAGUAAGAAGUCGCUGGUGCUGAACUUGAUGCGCUGCCCCUCUGACCUGAUGACUCUGCUGGCGAAGCACUACGACAGCUACAAAGAGAACCUGGAAUGGCAGAGGAUCAGCUUUGUCUUGGAGGCCACUGGAAAGAACCUGGAAACUUAUGUGGAGAAACAUCAGGACCAAUCAAGGAAUGCCUUGAAGAAAAGCAUGGAGGCAGCCUUCAACGCAUGGGUGGAGGAAUUGCACGCCGACCAAACGCAGUUUAUGGCCGACAAGGAUUGCCACAGCCGCGCUUGGGAUGCGGUGGCUGCCUACAUGGAGAAGCACAUCAAGGUGUUCUCGAGCCGGAAAUCUGCGAAGCAGGAGGACACCGAAAAAAAAGAGGACACCUCUGAUGUCAAAAUGGAUGACGAGAAUGAUGACGAUGAUGACAGGGAUUCUGCCCUGAAGUUGGAAGAGUCGGAAGAAAUCCAAGUCCGAGACAUCAGAUACAACUUGGAGACCCAGCUGGCACUGAAAGAUCGCAAUCUAAAAGUUCGGAACAUCACCUGGAUCUUCGAGCCCGAUACGGUGUACGGAAAACGUGAUGGUGUUCUGACUGGAUUGGCCGUCACCCACAAGGACUCCAGGAACUACUUCCACAGCACAAGGGGAUGGAAGACGGGAACCGUCCAUGGCAUUGGUAUGUGUCCCAGGGCUGAGAUGUACAAGCCAGAGACAGCCUCUCCGAGCAGAGCCCAUGCUUUGCCUCAUUUGGGUCGUGCAUUUACGGACAUUCAGGAGCAGAAGCAGGUUGGCGCUGGCACAAGCUUCAUCCAAAAGACUUUGGAGGCGUUCCAGGUUCGCUCGGUGAAGACCACCGUGCUGGUUGACAUGUACGGGUACGACGCAUGGCCAGCCCUGGCAUGCCUGAAAGAAUGUCAAGAGGGCCGGGAUUGCAUGUGCACUACGCUGUGCUUGGACAACAGUGGCCAGGACUUACUGAACCGGCUCUCCAAUGCAGUGUAUGAGCAAGCGCGGGCUGGGGAUCUGCAAGUUACUUUCCCCAGCUUUGAUCCAAUCCUGUCGGCCUUGAAAAGUGGCAGCACUGCCAAUGCUGCCCGAAGCUACAGGGUGACUUGCCAACGCCACGACCAGUUGCUCGUGUUGGAGAGCUUCGCGAAGCGCUGGCUGGACGAUCCACAAUUUGAUGAACGUGCCCGUGAGGUGAUCAAACUACACAAUGAAGAGUACAACGCAUCUGAGGAUUUUAUGAUGGCUGCCGAAAGGCCAGGGUCUGAGCCCAAGGUGGAGGAAGAGGCGUCUUUGGAACGGCCUGCAAAGCGGAUCAAGUUGGAGGCCUGCAAGACUGAGGAUGUGACCAAAUUGGCCAAAUCGAAACUUGUUCAGCUUUGGGAGCGGAGAAUGGAGGGACGCUGCUGCGCCUUGCCAGCCAUUGCAAGAUUUUCUCCCCGUUUGAAAGUGGUCGAGGAUGAUACCACCAAAAAGGAGAAGGGCAGGAAGAAGAAGACAGCGCCAGCCAUCACAUCCAAGAACUUCGGGGCCUUCGUGUCGGUGCCGGCCAUAAAGGAUGCAGACAAUAUGGUCCUGGCGUGGCGGUGCCGGAUUGACAACAGCGGGGCUGCUUCGAAGGGGGCAAAGCUGAUCAUGCCGAUCCGGCCAGUGAUGUGCUUGAAGCACCAGCUGGAAGUGAACAGCGAAACGGUGUGCUUGGUCUGA